ACCGCUGAACUUUGACCGUGGCCGUCCAGCGCCGUGGCCCGUGUCCUUCCUGUGACGUCUACAUCUGCUCCCCGGGUGCUGGAGCCGCACAAUGGCGGCCUGGGGUGUCCUUUGGAUCCUGCUCGGAUUCCUCCUGUGGUUGGAGCCAGGGACAGCCGCCCUGCCUCUGCUGAUGGACUCUUUCAUCCAGGCCCUGGCUGAGCUCGAGCAGAAGGCACUGGCAACCAAGGCCCCCCACACCUUGGCGUGGCUGCUGUCAGCCCAGGACUCCGGCCCCCAAGAUCCCCUCCGUGACUUCCUGCUGCAGGUACGGAGCCUCAAGGCCGCCGAGCCGGAUGCCCAGCCCCUGAGCCCAGAGCUGCAAGGCCUGAUGGAGGAGGUGGCCCGACACCGCAUUGAGGAUGGGCAGGAAUAUGGGGUGAUGCUGGCACCCGACGGCUCAACCGUGGCCAUGGAACCUCUGAUGGCAGGGCUGGAGGCAGGGCUGCAGGGGCACCGGGUCAUAGACUUGCCUUUGGAGAGCACGAGCUCCCCUGGGGAGGUUGAAGGCACCUCUCCGGAUGUGGAAGCUGCCUUGCUGGACGCCAAAGCCAAGUCCCCAACCAGUGUGGACAGCCUCCUGGCAGUCACCCUGGCCAAAGACCUGGGCCUGGCCUUCCUCCAGAGCCACCCAGGACUGGGGGCUGAGGGCUGCUGGGACCAGCUCUCUGCACCCCAGAUCUUCACCCUCCUGGACCCCAAGUCAUCAGCUCUCACCACGGCCUUCCUCAAUGGCGCCAUGGACGGGGUGCUCCUUGGAGACUAUGUGAGCCAGAGCCCCAAUCCCCAGCCACCCCUCAGCCACCUGCUGAGCCAGUACUAUGGAGCUGGGGUGACUGGGAAGCCGGGGUUUCGCAGCAAUUUCCGACGGCAGAAUGGGGCUGCCCUGAUCUUGGCCCCCACGCUGACCCAGCAAGUCUGGGGGACCCUCACCUUGCUACAGAGGCUGGAGCCAAUGCACCCCCAGCUGCAAGGCAUGAGCCAAGAACAGCUGGCUCGAGUGGCCACCAAUGCCAGCAAGGCAUUCACUGAGGCUUUCCUGGGGUGUCCGGCCAUCCACCCACGGUGUCGCUGGGGCGCGAGGCCGUACCGGGGCAGCCCGACUCCGCUGCGCCUGCCGCUCGGCUUCCUGUACGUGCAUCACACGUACGUGCCCGCGCCCCCCUGCACCGAGUUCUCAGGCUGCGCCGCCAACAUGCGCUCAAUGCAGCGCUUCCACCAGGACACGAAUGGCUGGGACGACAUAGGCUACAGCUUCGUGGUGGGCUCCGACGGCUACGUGUACCAGGGCCGCGGCUGGCACUGGGUGGGCGCGCACACGCGCGGCCACAACUCCCGCGGCUACGGCGUGGCCAUCGUGGGCAACUACACGGCGGCGCUGCCCACCGAGGCCGCGCUGCGCACCGUGCGCGAGGAGCUCCCGCGCUGCGCGCUGCGCGCCGGCUUCCUGCAGCCGAACUACUCGGUGCUCGGCCACCGCCAGCUCGUGCGCACCGACUGCCCCGGCGACGCGCUCUUCGGCGUGCUGAGCACCUGGCCGCACUUCGCCGCCGUGAGUCCGCAGCCCCUCUGGCCCUUGCCUCUAACCCGCUGAGCCCGCACAGCCUCAGCCAGGGGCCCUGAGCCCCCUUGCACCCUGCUUCACCGGCCACCUGGACCCUGUUGGCAACUCCCUCUUCCCCUGAUCUCUGCCCACACGGCCCCAUCCUGGCCUGCAUGACCUAUACCCAAGUCAUAGCCCUUCUGCCUGCACAAUCUCAUCCCAGCCCACUCAACCUUGGUCUCAUCCCUGCCCCCUGACUCCCACAAUCAUGCCUGGACCCAGCCAGCACAACCUCAUGCUGCCUGCACACUGUCAGUCUGUUCCAUGAUGCUACAGAUCUGCAACGCUGGCCUGAAUCUGCUUCAUACCCACCCCCUGGCAUUGGGGGCCCCCAUCC